CUCUCCGCAUAUCCUGAAUUCCCAUCUACUCCACUUUAUCCUCUGUUUUUCUUCUUCCACAUGGAGUCGCUGGCAGCCAUUCCCUGGUCGGAUAUUUACAACACCGUCUCCGAUGACCAUCUACUCAGCCUCACUGACCUUCUCCACCACGACGACGACAACGACAACGACACAGCUGCCUCUCCGCUCUUCCUCGUCCCCCAAGUCGCCAACAGCGAUCCAGCGACCAUGUUCCCUGUCCCUGGUAGUACGGCUUACUUCGGACCGACAAUUGGGGCUGUGGAGAACGCGCUCUCCAUUACCCCCAGAUCAAGAAACCUGCAGUCAAGCACGCACAUUCCUCGUACUACUGCUGGGUCUUCAAUUCGGGAGAGAGUGACGGUGAAUAAUGUUGAACAUAAAUAUAGCAUCAGAAUCAAGAGCUGUGAUGGAAAUUCUUUGGCUGAUGAUGGAUAUAAGUGGCGCAAGUAUGGUCAGAAGUCUAUCAAGAACAGCCCCAAUCCUAGGAGCUAUUAUAGGUGCUCGAAUCCAAGAUGCAGUGCGAAGAAGCAAGUAGAAAGGUCCAUAGAAGAUCCAGACACGUUCGUCAUUACCUACGAGGGCCUCCACCUCCACUUUGCUUACCCAUUCUUCCUAAUGGGCCAAAGCCCACAAGACCAAUCUCCAACCAAGAAGCCCAAGAUGUUCGGCCCAGAUAUGGAAGCCCAUAAAAUGCCAACUUUCAUUACUCCAGGCCCAUUACUACCAGACAACCCAAAAGAAGCAACUGGGCCACAAGGCUUGCUCGAGGAUGUGGUCCCGUGGAUGAUCCGAAAUCCAUCAACCAAUCACAACACUCUUUCAAAUUCGUCCUUCUGUUCAUCCUACCGUUCGCCUCCAAUGUCUCCUCCAUCGCCGUCCACGUGUCCUACCUUUGCACCUUCCUACUUUUCAUAUUUUUGGGAAAUAUAA